CUCGGGAUUCAGGUCGGGAGAGGUGGCAGAUGAUCGAGUCAGUAAGCGCAGAAGCUGUUGUCUGGACGCAAGGAUGGUACUUAGGGGCUGAUGAAGCAAGAACGCCAGAGGGAGAGAGGACCCGAAGAAGCGGCGGAGAGCGGAAAGCGGUAACCCCCAAGACUAGAGGCAAAACUAGAUUCCCAGACAAAGAUGUCUGUUGUUUUGGGAUCAGAAAAACAACCGCAAUUUGCCGCAGCACGGCCGCGGGUCAAAGUGCUCAGUGGGAGCUGAGCUCGGCGUGACGCGGCCCCCACGUGACCAGCAGCCUGCCUGCCCAGGUCCCUCUCGUCCCGCUCCUCUGGCCUGUCCAAACCGCGUCUCCCCAGUGCCCUGCGGUCGCGGGCCCGGCAGAAGGAAGUUCCCCGGGUCCUUGGACAUCGGCGCGAGCUGUCGCGGCGGCCCUGCGCUCGGGUGCCCACGGUGGAGUCUGCUGGCCAGCGGGGGCAUCUGGAGGCGAGGACGGCGGGGAGCAGCCCACCGCGCGAGAGAGAGCCGCGCCGCGGGGAGCCCGCCGUCAGCAUGGAAAAGGCCAGCGCAGAAGACGGACAGCCCCGGAGCACGGCCCAGACGGACGCAGGCGGUGAGCCUCCCGCACGCAGCCCUCCAGGGCAGGAGCCCGCGGGGGAGCCCGCCGGGAUGCCCGCCGGGAUGCCCGCCGGGGUGAACGCCCCGGAGCCCGCGGGCAAGCCCCCCGGGGAGCCCGGCCCGGAGCCCACCCGGGAGCCAGCCGGGGUGCCCGGCGGGGAGCCCACCCAGGAGCCCACUCGGGAGCCAGCCGGGGUGCCCAGCCGGGAGCCCACGGGGGAGCCCGGCGAGGAGCCCUCGGAGGAGGAGCCGUCCGAGGAGGACGAGGACGAGGACGAGGACGAGGAUGAGGACGAGGAGGAUGACGAGGAGGACGACGAGGACGAAGACUUCUUUCCCGAGGAACUCCUCCCGGAGCUCCUCCCGGAGAUGCUGAGCGCCGAGGAGCGCCCCCCGCUGGAGCGCCUUUCCAGAAAGGACCUUUUCGAGGCGCGCCCCCCGAUGGAGCAGCCCCCCUGCGGGGUGGGCAAGCACAAGCUCGAGGAAGGAAGCUUCAAGGAACGCUUGGCCCGCUCUCGCCCGCAGUUUUCGGGGACCAUACAUGGUCGAAAUUUGAGCAACGAGGAGAUGAUCAAGGUGGCCGAGGAGAUGGAGGAGAUGAAGAGGGUGCGAAACAAACUGAUGAUAAUGCACUGGAAGGCCAGACGCAACCGGCCAUACCCUAUUUAACGUGGCAGGGGCUCCUCGUCUUCUGAUUUGUCCGAGAGCAGUGUUAACACUUGAACUUGACUUGUGUUUUCCGUAAAUUACCCCCUUCCCGAUCCCAGUUUCAUCCGUGUAAUGUUUUCUGCUUGGCUGUAUUUUUGGGUGUUUUGCUUGAAACUAGCAUAAAAACGCACCACGGCCAUCCCCAAGUCUCCUUGAAGCCACAUUUGCAUGGAAGAGAUGUCCGAUAUGUAUCGUCACGUGGAAAGAGACAAGUUUCAAAACAUAUGUAGUAUGUCAUUUUUGUAAAAUAAUGUAUAUAAGUAUGCAGAAAACACUGAAAGCAUAUAUUUCAAAGACAGUGGUUAAUUGAUAAAAUGAGUUUUAUUUUAUUUUUCA